AUGUAUUCCAGACCAUCAUCAAGUUCAAGUUCAAGUUCAUCUUCUUCAAAUACUGAAGAAUAUGAUCAACUCGUUGAUGAACUCUUCACAUACCAACCCCCAACUUUCCUCAUGCCCCAAACACAAUCCCAACCCACUACAAAAACACCCAGAGGGGGUACGAAUAGAAGAUAUAGGGAAAUGGGACAUGUCAGGCUGUUUAAUGAUUAUUUUUCCGAUAAACCUGUGUACAACACCAACCGAUUUAGAAGAAGAUUUCGAAUGCAACGACCUUUGUUUUUACGUAUAAUGAACAAGGUCGUUGAAGGUGAUGUUUACUUCCAGCAGCGUAGGGAUGCAGCUGGAAGGUUAGGCUUAUCACCUCUGCAAAAAUGUACAGCCGCGAUAAGAAUGUUAGCCUACGGCUUGGCUGCAGACGCCGUGGAUAAAUACGUUCGAAUCAGUCAGUCAACCGCUCGAGUUUCCCUUCAACGUUUUUGA